AUGAUGACCAAAAUCCUCUCCAAGAGAGGCUAUAACUGGUUCAUCUCCCUCGUUGCAGCAGCAUGCAUGGUUCUCUAUGGUUACGAUGCGUCCGUCUACAACUCCGUCCAGGGUUCCAAGAACUGGGUCAAAUUUUUUAAUAACCCAAAUGAGAACAUGAUUGGCGCAGUCAACACGGCCUACACCGUGGGCGCCAUCUUCGGCGGUUUCUUCUUGGGUGGUCCCAUUGCUGAUUAUCUCGGCCGCAAGGUUGGAAUGGGCGUCGGCUGUGUCCUUGUUAUUGCAUCCACCUUCAUGCAGACAUGGUCCCCACGUGGUAACAUCGGAUGCUUCCUUGCUGGUCGUCUCAUCAUCGGUAUCGGACAGGGUAUUGCCUUGACCGCCGGUCCUAUCUAUAUUGGUGAGCUGGCGCCACCAGAGAUUCGUGGAAAAAUAAUGACCUUCUGGCAAAUGUUCUACUCCGUUGGAUCUUUCAUUUGCUUCUGGGUUAACUACGGUUGCACGCAGCAUAAGGAGAACCUGGGCGAGUGGGACUGGAAGAUGGUUGUCAUAUUCCAAUUGCUCGUUCCCAGUCUGAUUCUGGCUCUUCUGCCAACAAUCCCCGGCUCUCCACGAUGGUUCCUCCAGCGAGGUGACAACGUUGAAAAGGCCCGCGCUGCUCUGCGCCGAGUCCGUGAGACUGAAGAGGAAGUGGAGGAGGAAAUCUUGAGAAUCCGUGAGGCCCUCGAGUACGAAAAGGAAGCCAUCUCCAGCAACUAUAGUGCGCUCUGGAAGGACAAGUCCCUCCGUAAGCGUAUGGCUCUGGCGCUCAUCAUUAACGCCGGUCAACAAGUCACUGGACAAGGUUCCCUGAACUCGUACUCGACGAAGAUCUACCAGAAGGUGUUUCCCAGCGCCGGAACGAUCGCUCUCAUCAAUGCCCUCAACGCCACCUUUGGUAUUAUCUUUACUUUGAACGCCGUGUGGAUUAUUGAUCGCUUCGGACGCAAAUUCCUCCUGAUUGUCGGUGGUAUCGGCAUGGGUCUUUGCAUGAUCAUUGUCGCCGCUGUUGAAACUGAAACACCAUCGCCGCACGGGGUGAAAACAGAACCCGUCGGAAUAUCGAUCGUGUUCUUACUAUUCCUAUUCAUCUUCUUCUACAAACCCUCUUGGGGUGCAACCGUGUGGAUUUGGACGUCCGAGGUAUUCUCGAUGAACGUUCGUGCCCAGGCCGUAGGUAUGGCCUCGCAGACUCAGAACGUCGCCAAUGCCAUUUUCCAACAAUUCUUCCCCAUUUUCCUGAAGAACUGCGGGUUCUACGCGUUCUACAUGUUCGCAGGUGUGAACUUCUUACUUGCCGUCUUCGUCUGGUUCUUCAUUCCCGAGACCAAGCAAGUUCCCCUGGAGGAGAUCGACGCUCUCUUCGGGGGCGCCAACCAUGUUACCAACGGCGAGCGGAUGAUGAUUGGAGAGAAGGAGAGACAUUUUGAGAACGAGGCCAAUGAGAAGAGUGAUGCGGUGACUAUUGAAAACCUCGAGGCUAGACGGUAG